ACAUCGCUAUGACCUAAUUUUCGGGUCGUCUUGCAUAAGAAGCUCUGAUAUUGAUAGUCGGAUAUGGACCUUUGUUCGAACAUUUUUUUAUUUAGAAACUUGCUGUGAAAUACAGUACAGAAAAUUAGUGUUUCCUUGAUUCGUUGCCUCUGUUCUCAACUUGCAAUUACUGUUACGCUAAACGUGCUGACAACUAUUCACAGUUCUCUGUGGUCUAUUCAUUUGCAUCAAGAUUCUGUCACGUUGCUGUCAGUUAUAAGAGGCUUUUUCUGUCGACUAAUCGUCGUCGGUAGAUCUGUGGUUUCUUUACUUUUCAAGUGAUUGACGACAUGAGCAGAGAUACUGGCACAGAAUUCCUUCAGGCAGAAAUGUAUUCACUUUCAUCAAGUGCUGCCGAUGGGUCGACGGAAAUACUAGGUGGUCAGAGAAUUAAAAUGAAUUUGUGUAGGAAAUUGCCUUGUCACACAGCUCUCGAACGAGUUAUGGCGUUUGUUCUUGUGUUUCUCUUUGUCGUUUGUGUCAUUGUCACAGCACAACUUCUGGUAAAUAGGGAUAAAGAUAAGACUCUGGUGGAAGAGAAGAAAAAGAUACCAUUUUUAGAUGAGAUAUGCUCGGGGUCAGAAGAAGCAAAACAAGCUGGUUUGUUGGAAUUCAUGAAAAAAGUCCAAAAAACAUAUUUUAAAUACAGCUAUUUUCAUUCUAUAUUUGAUGGAGACGUGUCCAUGGAGUCAAGCCUUCCUGUAAUGAAUAUAACUCCUGCUUUCUUAAAAGAGAGAACAGAUUUAGCUCUGUCUUUGCUUGAGGAAUUCAAGAAAAUUAAUUACGAUGAGUUGAAGUUGAAACCAAGGGAAACAAAAGCAGUCUAUCAGGUAAAACAGUAUCUACGUUCAACAUUUGCAUCGCCAUACGACAUGAACUUCUACGGUGGCGAAUGGAUGUUGGGACCAAAUUAUUUUUGUUGGCAACCUUUCUGCAGAAUUAGUGCCUUCUUUGAGAUGCAUGCCUAUUCAAUGAAACCGAAAAACCUCCAAGAAUUUGAAACCUUCUUACAUUUCAUCAAUGCUUACGGUGACACAGUAAAACAAUACCAAGAGAAUAUGAAAUUAGGAGUGAAGUCUGGAAUGGUUCGUUCCAUUCUUGGUUGUCAGACUGGCUUGAAUUCUUUCAAAAUGCGAUUCAGAGUUUUGACUAAACAUGACAAUCCAAGAGAUAUAUUGAGGGAGAAAUUCGUUCAAAGCAUCAGAUCAAACGAUUUCAUCGAGCAGCUUUUCCCCGAAGCUAGAACGAAAUGGUUGAAGGAUAAAGGAAAACACAUUUCAGAGUCCAUUGAUGUUGCUUUAGUUGAAGGAUUUGGAAAGCCUAUCAUUCAAUUUGUAAAAUAUCUUCGAAAUGACCACAUUCGACAUUGCCUUCCUGAAGAGCAUUCGAGUGGACUGGCUGGUUUACCGGUCGAUUAUAUCUACGUUGAUGGAAAACCAACCAGUACUCGAACACAUAAAGUUUUACCGAUAACAGGAGAAAAUUUAAACGGGAAAAAAGCUUAUACAAUCAUUUUACCAUACUUUACGACGAGCAAUAUUACACCUGAGGAAAUAUACGAGAUUGGUAAAAAUUCGCUUACAUUUCUUUACCCGCAAGCCGUGAAGAUUGCCCGCAUUGUCACUGGUAAAUCGGACAAAAAAACGGCAAUUAAAGAAUUUAAAAGGAUACUGAACGCUCAAGAUCAGUUCUUUAACGAAGAACCUUUUCCUGUUAACGAAUCAGAUAGCGCUGCAUUUAAGAAUUGUUCGGACAAACAGUCUGCUCAAGUGAACUGUCCUAAAAGAUGGGAGGCUUUCUUAAAAUGGUCGAAUUCCUAUCAUCAAAUUCUCGGUCUUCUUUCCCCCAAGCUGACUCAAAGUUUUUAUCACACCGGGCAUAAAAUUUCGAUACCCAAUUGUCCUUUGGAGAUCAAUGCAAACUUUAAUCCCCACGUAGCAGCACAGUCUUUCAAAAGAUCUGAUGCAGGAUGCAGUUGGCCGGCAUCUGUUAAUGUUCCUUUCUUUCUUGACAACUUCGGACCAAAAUUUUCUGAUUGGACAACAGUUGCACACGAGGGGUGGCCUGGACACCAUACACAAAUUCAAGGAAAAGAGGAAUAUUUUCUUGAUAAAUGUGGCGAUGUAUUUCAUUGGCUGGAUUUGAUGUCCGACUACAGCUUUAAUAAAGAGGGUUGGGCAGUGUACGCCGAAAAUCCUGUUGUAUCUGAAGAUACGGACGCAUAUCAUAACCGUCCUUUGGAAAGAUAUGGAAUGCUUAAAUGGCAGAUAUGGAGAGCUUUGCGUUUGAUAGUCGACACAGGUAUUCAUUAUCGUGGAAUGAAAAGAAAGGAUGCUUUGGCAUUGUUUUCCAAAUAUGCCUGGGAGGACGGAGAUCUGGCUGUGAAGGAGGUCACUCGAUACCAGGGCUUACCCGGACAGGCUACGGCAUAUCUUUUAGGUCAGCGGAAGAUCAUCAAAAUGCGAGAGUACUGUGAAAAACAGCUUGGGAAUAGCUUUGACAUUCAAGAUUUCCAUUAUCAAAUUCUCUCAACCGGCUCGGCCCCCGAGGAAUACGUCGAUAAACACAUUAAACGAUACGUGGAAUGUGUUUUAAACGAUUUUGACAAGCAAAUUUGCGAUUAUAUAGCGCAUCCCAUGGCUAAAUAUCACAGUCAAAGCUCGACUGCUUUUGGGAAUGUACAAUUUGACAGACAGUACUCGACUUUAGCGUAUAUGUGAAAUGUUUAAAAUGAAAGUCGUUAAUAAAAUAAGAAUGUGAUGAACGUCUGCAAAGCAGAAAAGAUAAAGGCUUACUGUGAAUAGGUUUAUGUAUAUUGUGUAGUUUAUUUUAUUGAAAAUCCGAAAUUAUCGUUCUUUUAUAUUAAAAAUACUUCACCUA